CAGAGAACAAGGGGCCAGUGUUUCAGCAGUGAAGAAUAAAAGACGCGACUCGUAGCCUCAGAACAUACCUGCUUGUGACCCUUCCGUAAUCACCAGCAAACUCCCAGACCUGACAUCAUGGUGAAUCUAACUGCUGAGGAGAAGAACAUUAUCUGUGGCCUGUGGAGCAAAUUGAAUGUGGAAGAGACCGGAGGUGAAGCCUUGGGCAGGCUCCUUGUUGUCUACCCCUGGACCCAGAGAUUCUUUGACAGCUUUGGCAACAUGUCCUCUCCCUCUGCCAUCAUGGGUAACCCCAAGGUCAAGUCCCAUGGCAAGAAGGUGCUGACUUCCUUUGGAGACGCCAUUAAGAACCUGGACAACCUCAAGGGAGCCUUUGCUAAGCUGAGUGAGCUGCACUGUGACAAGCUGCAUGUUGAUCCUGAGAACUUUAAGCUCCUGGGUAACGUGCUGGUGAUUGUUCUGGCCUCUCACUUUGGCAAGGAAUUCACCCCUGAAGCGCAGGUUGCCUGGCAGAAGCUGGUGACUGGUGUUGCCAAUGCUCUGGGCCACAAGUACCACUAAACCCGCCUUCCUAUUCACCAGUGCUCCCGUGUGUCUCCAGUACCCUCCUUCUGUACAUGGGGACUGAGCUCAGCCUUGACAGCAUAGCUUCUGCUUAAUAAAACAUUUCUUCAGUAAUUCAAAAUUGAAAA